ACUCUGUCAUUCGACCGCUGCGGCUACACUGAAAAAUCAUUGUCUAAUCAGUGUGAAAGUUUUUUGCCGGCUCAGCGAAAAAAUAAGAAAGGCAGAGCGGAAGAACUGAUAUAUACCCCUUAUCGGCCGAUCGUCGAAACAGCGCAGUCGGACAAUGAAAACUGCAACUCAUUGCGCAUUUUUAAUUAUUGCGGCUAUAGUCGCCAUAUGUGGAGCUCAAGGGGAUCAAGGGGAACGCCCCUACAGGCGGAGCUUCAUCAAUCCGUAUCCUCGCUUCCGGUUCUUCGAGGAUGAAGUCGAUCCUGGGGAGCCCCUAUUUCUUACGCCCCUGAUCAACAACAAAUCGAUACCCAAUGAAGACGUAAAGAAACUUGCUCGCGUCGCAGGAUCCCAGUUCCACGGAGUGGAGAGCUACUCCGGCUACCUGACCGUGGAUCCUGGCUAUAACUCCAACAUGUUCUUCUGGUACUUCCCCGCCGAGCAGGAGCCAGAAUAUGCGCCAGUGGUCCUGUGGCUGCAGGGCGGUCCAGGUGCUUCAUCCCUGUUCGGUUUGUUCACGGAGAAUGGACCCCUGGAGCUGGACGGCCAUGGAAAGCCCCAAAAGCGUAACUACACCUGGAGCAAGACGCACAACCUCAUCUACAUCGACAAUCCCGUGGGCACUGGCUUCAGUUUCACGGAUAAUGAUAACGGUUAUGCUAAGAACGAGAAGGAUGUGGGUCGCGAUCUCCACGAGGCUGUGAUGCAGCUGUACGAACUCUUUGAGUGGAGCAAUUCCUCAGGAUUCUGGGUCACCGGAGAGUCGUAUGCUGGAAAGUAUGUACCCGCUUUGGCCUACCACAUUCACAAGGUGCAGAACGCCAUCGAAACGCGAGUUUAUGUGCCACUCAAGGGCGUUGCCAUCGGAAAUGGACUCUCUGAUCCCCUACACCAGCUCAAGUAUGGCGACUAUCUCUACCAGUUGGGUCUGAUCGACGAGCACGGUCUGCAGAGCUUCCACGAUGCCGAAGCCAAGGGAGCCGCCUGCAUCGAAAAGCAUGACAUGGAGUGCGCCUUCGACGUUUUUGAUUCCCUGAUCAACGGGGAUCUGACUAAUGGUUCACUGUUUAGCAACCUUACCGGCUACAACUGGUACUACAACUACCUAAAAACUCAUGAGGAUGAUGGCGGCAUCUUGGGUAACUUCCUGCAGGCAGGUGCCACUCGUCGGGCCAUCCAUGUGGGCAAUAAGCCAUUCCACGACCUGGACAAGGAGAACAAGGUGGAACUGCACUUGAAGAAGGAUGUGAUGGACACUGUGGCCCCGUGGAUAGCCGAACUACUGGCCCACUAUACUGUGUGCAUCUACAGCGGUCAACUGGACAUUAUUGUGGCCUAUCCACUGACCCGUAAUUAUCUCAACCACCUUAAGUUCCCCGGCUCGGACAAGUACAAAGUGGCUCCCCGUGAAAUCUGGCGCAUUGACGGGGAGGUUGCCGGCUAUGUAAAGCACGCUGGACAUCUGGUGGAGAUCAUGGUGCGCAAUGCCGGGCACAUGGCUCCCCACGAUCAGCCCAAGUGGCUGUACGAAAUGAUCAAUCACCUUACUCACUACAAGCACAAGGAGCACCAAACUUAAACUAGUUUAUACAAAUUGGUCUCUUAUUAAUGCUCUAUAUUUUUAUGUUAUCUAUAUUAAAUAAAAUGGGUUGAGAUUUUUUGAUUUAUAUAAGAGACUAAA